AUGCGUUUUAUAUUAUAUUCUUUUCUUUUCUUUAUCUUUGCUUUCAAAUACUGCAAUUCCCAAUUUCAUGGACAAGCUGGUUCAAUGAGACGUGGUUCAAUGAGACGUGGUUCACUAAAUGGUCCAAACCGUGGUUGGGGGUUUAAUAGCUUUAUCAGAGGUCAUAAUAUGAAACUUCAAGCUCAAAGCAUGCAAAGAAGGGGUAGUCUAUUGAAUCAACAAACUGCACAAUUUAAACGAAUGGGUAGACGUAAAAAGAGAGAUGUAUAUGAAACUUUCGAGAAGGUUCCUGGAAGAGACUAA